AUGGAAAAAAGGGUUGUUUUGGAACUGAGGGGAAGAAACCCUUCACAGGUCAAGGAACUUAAUUUGGACAAUUGCAGGAGUACAAACAUUGUUGGACUAACAGAUGAAUAUACAAACCUUGAAAUCCUAAGUCUCAACAAUGCAGGUCUGACAUCGCUGAAAGGUUUCCCAACCCUUCCCAAGCUAUGGAAGUUAGAGCUCUCGGAUAACAGAAUAUCUAAUGGUCUUAAUUUUCUCCAUGGCUGCAAAAAGUUGACUCAUCUCAAUUUAUCUGGUAACAAAAUCAAAGACCUAGAAACAUUGAAACCAUUAGAAGAAUUUGAGAACUUAAAAAACCUUGAUCUGUUCAACAAUGAAGUCACUAAUAUUGAGGAUUACAGGACUAAGGUGUUUGCUCUACAUCCAUCACUGAAAUAUUUAGAUGGAUUUGACAAAGAAGAUAGAGAGGCUGAAGAUAGUGAUGCUUACAGUGAUGGGCCUGAGGAGAAUGGAAAUAAUGACAGUGAAGAGGAUGAUGUGGAUAUAGAUUUUGGUCCGCUGGUAAUUGAUGAUGAUAGUUUAUCACAAAGGCCGCAAGACACAAAACCUUCUCUACUAAUGUCCUUAUAUACUGUCUAUGGUCUCCUAUUUCACAUGGGUUAUCUAAUUAAAAAAUCUGAAGAUGAGGUUGAAGAAGAAGAGGAUGAAGAUCUCUCACUCAGCGAAGUGUACAAUGAAAAUCUUGAGGAGGAAAGCUCUGCAAGCCCACUCUACGAAGCAGAAGGCUACUUAGAUGAGGAAUAUGAUCUGGAUGAUGAAGAAGGAGAUGAAGAGAAUGACGCCAAUGGCGAGCAUAAUCCCAAAUCUCAGGAUGUUGAGAAUGCAAGUGGUAACCCUCAAGAGAGCACUCGGGGUAAAAAACGGAAACAUGAGGAUGAUGACGAGAAUUGA